AUGGCAGUAGGUUGCACGCGUGACGUCAGCAUUAUACAAUGGCAGUAUGUUGAUGAUAUAAUUUUGACAGGUAAUGAUCCACAGGCUAUUGACUCUGUCAUUCAUCACCUGAGCCGCGUUUUUCCCGUACAAGACAUGGGUCGUCUAUCUUAUUUCUUGGGUAUUGAGGUUGCCUCCAAAGGCACGGACAUUGUACUGUCACAACAGAAAUACAUCUCUGAGCUGUUACAGAAAGCAGGCCUAUCCGAUGCCAAACCUGUUUCGUCUCCUAUCGCCACAACGGCUAACUUAGCCUUGGGAGACAGCCCACCAUUUGACAACCCCGCAAAAUAUCGACAGCUCGUUGGUGGCCUUCAAUAUGCCACCUUGUCAAGACCUGACAUUGCCUAUGCGGUUAACAAAGUAUGCCAAUUUAUGCAUUCUCCCACCGAAAAUCACUGGUCCGCUGUCAAACGUAUCUUGCGCUAUCUAAAAGGUUCUAUCUCCCACGGGCUUCUCAUACAACAGCACUCCGAGUCAGCGUUACAUGCCUAUGCGGACUCCACACAUCCCAAUCUCUCGGCCUUCUCGGAUGCGGACUGGGCCGGGUGUCCGGAUGACCGUCGUUCCACGGGGGGCUAUGCUAUCUAUUUGGGUUCGAACCUUGUCUCAUGGUCUGCACGAAAACAGAAGACUGUCUCUCGGUCAUCCACAGAGUCCGAAUACAAAGCACUCGCAGAUGCUGUUGCUGAAUUGACAUGGCUGCAAACUCUCCUUCGUGAGCUACAUGUCCCUACACGAUCUGCCCCUAAAUUAUGGUGUGAUAAUCUGGGUGCAACAUAUCUAUCAGCUAAUCCCGUCUUCCAUGCCCGUACAAAACAUGUCGAGGUAGAUUAUCACUUUGUUCGAGAAAAGGUGGCUCGGGGUCAGCUAUCAGUUCAGUUUAUUACUACAGAUGAUCAGAUCGCAGAUGUCUUUACAAAGCCUUUGCCUUCUCCAAAAUUUCUCUUUCUACGGUCCAAGCUAAGAGUCGCUCCCCGGCCUUAG